AUGCGCCCCGACGGUCCUCGCGACCCCAUCGCCGGGCCCGACGUGCCGGAGCCUCCGUUCCCGCUGAAACUCGGCGGCAAGGUCAUCAAGGGCUUCGGUCGCGGCAGCAAAGAGCUUGGCAUCCCAACCGCCAACAUCCCCCUCGCAGGUCUUAGCGUCGGCGGCCAUGAAGACCUUGAGUCAGGCAUCUACUACGGCUGGGCAGCGUUAGACUUCGUCAGCAACGACCAACCAGAUGCGAGCGCCACCUCCAGCACCAACGGCACCACCACCACCGCCGCCGCUAGCAGCAACAGCAGCAUCGCGUCCAAGGUGAAGAACGCGGGCGGCAAGGUCGCCGACGCGGUCAGCAGCGCGCUGUUCAGCGGCAGCGGCGCGGCGGAUGAGGAGGAGUGGGAAGGCAAGGGACGCGUGCACCCGAUGGUCAUGAGCGUGGGGUGGAAUCCGUUCUACAAGAACUCGGUGCGGUCGGUCGAGGUGCACAUCAUGCACGACUUCGCGCAGGACUUUUACGGCGCCCACCUCAACCUCGUCAUCCUCGGCUUCAUCCGCCCCGAGUACGACUACGUGUCCAAGGAGAGCCUGAUCGACGACAUCAAGACCGACAUCGACGUCGCCGCCAGGAGCCUGGCUCGCCCCGCCUACGCCAAGGUGCGGAGGGAUCCGUUUUUGUUGGACUUCCCCAGGGAUGAGGAAGGGAGGAGUUUGAAGGAUGAUGUUGCGAGUUGA